AUGGCGUCUGACAUGACCACACAAACGCAAGAGAUUAGUCAGGCCCUCGUGCUGUCCGAGAGCCAGUUCCUGUCCUACGUCGAGGACUCCCAGCCUCCUAUGGAACAGAUGCCUCUUGAUUCAGAGGUUUUCGAGGUGCCGCCUACGCCGUUCCUCUCCACUUUUGUGCUUAAUAAGAUGUGUGAGAUCAUAGCUAGUGGGGUGAGGACUAACAAGGGCUUCAAGGAGGUGCACUUGAACCUUGUUGCAAAGCAGGUGUUCGACUUCUGUGGACAGGAGGUCACCUUGACCCAGGUGUACAACCACCUGAGGAAGUGGAGAGCUCGAUGGAUCCAAGUGUCCAAGCUCAGAGACCUUAGCGAUGCUUCAUGGGAUGAGGACAUCUUCUCGAUCCUUUUGGAGGCAGAGCACUACCAAGGCCACGUCGCGGCUCACCCCAAGGAUGCUGAGUUCCUCAACACCCCUAUCCAGAACUACCACAAGAUGCAGCAGAUCUUCUCCUUCGGGCUAGCAACCGGCAAGCAUGCCAUGGCCUCUGGUCAGCCUCUUGGCUCGCCGAUGCCCGAGUAUCCAGACACCCAGGAGUCAGACACCAUCAACGUUGAUGCUCCUGAGAAGGAUGGUGAGCACGUUCAUGUGCUUGAUAGGAAGAGGAAGAGGGCAGCCUUCAUGGACGAGGAGUUCAGCGUCUUCAGUAGCAUGACUGAGGCAGUGAAGGAGGUGGCCACCGCCAUCAGGGAGAGCAAGAGUGUGGACGUCCACCCUGAGCUCUACGACGCCGUCAUGGAGCAGAUAGGCUUCAACCCAGAGGCUCUCAUGGUGGCUCUCAGCCACCUGCUGGACAACAAAGCCUAG